AUGGAUCACCUGUUGGUGCUGCUGCUGUUGCUGUGGAGCUCCGGACUCCAGGCUGAAGGAAAGGACAUCCCAACAGAGUCUGUCAGGUUGGUGGGAGGAGACAGUCGCUGUGCAGGAACACUUGAGGUGAAACAGGGAGAAUGGAGACCGGUGGAAUUAUCUUUCUGGACCCUGAAGACAGCAGCUUUUGUCUGCAAAGAGCUAGACUGUGGCCCCCCUGUUGUGGUAGGAGGAAGACAGACCUCAUUAAGAUCUGUGUGGUUUAUCAGCUAUCGCUGUGUUGAGUCUGGAUCUGCUCUGAGGGAGUGUGUACACACUGAGUUUUCCUCCACCAUCUUGAAUCUCAACUGCUCAGACUCUGUCAGGCUGGUGGAUGGGACCAGUCUGUGCUCAGGCAGACUGGAGGUGAAGUCUGACCAGUCCAACCAGAGCUGGUCCUCAGUGUGUGAAGUUGACUUUGACCAGCAGGAUGCAGAGGUGGUCUGCAGGGAGCUUGGCUGUGAGGCUCCUUCAGUCCUCCAGGGGGUGCUCUUUGGAGACGUGGAGGCUCCAAAGUGGACCAAAGAGUUCCAGUGUGGAGGAGAUGAGUCCUCUCUCCUGGACUGUAGAAGCUCAGGCUCAGAUAGAAACACCUGCUCACCUGGCAGAGCUGUUGAACUCACCUGCUCAGAGCCUGUCAGGUUGGUUGGAGGAGAGAGUCGCUGUUCAGGAACACUGGAGGUAAAACAGGGAGAGUGGAAACCAGCGUUUUACGAUAACCCUGGCCCUGACUUGAUGAUAACAGAUAUUGUCUGCAAAGAGAUAGGCUGUGGCUCUGUGGUAUCUUUAGGAAGGAGAGAGGACUCCUCAGACAUAUCAACUUGGAUGAUCAGGUCUUCCUGUCUUGAGUCUGGAUCUGCUCUGAGGGAGUGUGUAACAUCAUCUUCCCCUUCGUACAGUUUGGGUGUCACCUGCUCUGACUCUGUCAGGCUGGUGAAUGGGACCAGUCUGUGCUCAGGCAGACUGGAGGUGAAGUCUGACCAGUCUAACCAGAGCUGGUCCUCAGUGUGUGAACAUGACUUUGACCAGCAGGAUGCAGAGGUGGUCUGCAGGGAGCUUGGCUGUGGGGCUCCUUCAGUCCUCCAGGGGACGCUCUAUAGAGAAGUGGAGGCUCCAAAGUGGACCAAAGAGUUCCAGUGUGAAGGAGAUGAGUCCUCUCUCCUGGACUGUAGAAGCUCAGGCUCAGAUAGAAACACCUGCUCACCUGGCAGAGCUGUUGAACUCACCUGCUCAGAGCCUGUCAGGUUGGUGGGAGGAGACAGUCGCUGUGCAGGAACACUGGAGGUGAAACAGGGAGAGUGGAGACCAGUGGGUGACAAUAACCCUGACUGGACCCUGAAGAUAGCAGCUGCUGUCUGCAAAGUGUUAGACUGUGGCUCUGCACUUUCUGUAGGACAGAGAGAGGAGUCUUCACUCAGAUCGGUUUGGAGGAUCGAUUCUGGCUGUUUUCUGCCUGAAUCUGCUCUGAGGGAGUGUGUAACACCAAGUUCAGCUCCAUUAAUCUUGAAUCUCACCUGCUCAGACUCUGUCAGGCUGGUGGAUGGGAAAAGUCUGUGCUCAGGCAGACUGGAGGUGAAGUUUGACCAGUCUAACCAGAGCUGGUCCUCAGUGUGUGAAGAUGACUUUGACCAGCAGGAUGCAGAGGUGGUCUGCAGGCAGCUUGGUUGUGGGGCUCCUUCAGUCCUCCAGGGGGCACUCUUUGGAGAAGAGAAGGCUCCAAAGUGGACCAAAGAGUUCCAGUGUGGAGAAGAUGAGUCUGCUCUCCUGGACUGUAGAAGCUCAGGCUCAGAUAGAAACACCUGCUCAGCUGGCAGAGCUGUUGAACUCACCUGCUCAGAGCCUGUCAGGUUGGUGGGAGGAGACAGUCGCUGUGCAGGAACACUGGAGGUGGAACAGGGAGCGUGGAGACCAGUGGGAGAAGACUGCAUGACCCAUUACUCAAUGCUGGAGAUAGCAGCUGAUGUCUGCAGAGCGAUGGGCUGUGGCUCUGUGGUUUCUGUAGGACAGAAGAAAGAUUCCUCGUUCAGAUCAAUUUGGAGUAUUAGCCAUGCCUGCACUCCUUUUGGAUCUUUUCUGAGGGAGUGUGUAAAACCACAUUUUGGUCCCGUCACCUGGAACCUCACCUGCUCAGACAUGCUGCUUCAGCCCAACAUCUCUGCAUCCUCCUCAAUGGAUGGGGUCUCUGAGGCCCAGCAUCAGGGACUUAGGGUGUCCAUGGGCUCUGACUUCACUGUCAGCUGUUCCAUCCAGCCACAGUACCCAGGAGGCUCCUUCCAGCUCUCCUUCGCCUCCUCCUACUCAGCACACAACUACACCCAGCCAGUUGUCAAUAACUCCGCCCAUUUCCUGUUUCCUGCUGCAAAGCCCGUCCACCAAGGAAGCUACAGCUGUGUUUAUCAAGUCCAUUUUGUUUCUCAUAGCAUGUCCUCUGAGAGCCGUCAGCUCUCUGUCUCUGUCUUAGAUCCAAGACCUUUUAUCAUCAGAGUGAUCGUCCUGCCGCUGACUCUGCUGUUGGCCAACACCGCCCUUUACUUCUACUUCAAGACCAGGAGGGGGCAGAAGCUGGGCAGACAGGAGAACACAAAGCUGGAUUAUUAUAACCUGAGUGUUCGUGUUGCUGAAGGAGGGCCAACUGAAGAGGAAGGAGCUCAGGGAGCAGAUUUCUGUCCAGAGUCUGUCAGGUUGGUGGGAGGAGACGGUCGCUGUGCAGGAACACUGGAGGUGAAACAGGGAGAAUGGAGACCAGUGCAAGAUUCUGGCUUGACCCUAAAGACAGCAGCUUUUUUCUGCAAAGAGCUAGACUGUGGCUCCCCUGUUUUGUUAGGAGGAAGAGAGACCUCAUUCAGAUCUGUGUGGAUGAUCGACUCUCGAUGUGUUGAGUCUGGAUCUGCUCUGACAGAGUGUGUAUACACUCUGUCAGAGUUUUCCUCCUCCAUCUUGAAUCUCACCUGCUCAGACUCUGUCAGGCUGGUGAAUGGGACCAGUCUGUGCUCAGGCAGACUGGAGGUGAAGUCUGACCAGUCUAACCAGAGCUGGUCCUCAGUGUGUGAAGAUGACUUUGACCAGCAGGAUGCCGAGGUGGUCUGCAGGGAGCUUGGCUGCGGGGCUCCUUCAGUCCUCCAGGGGGCGCUCUAUGGAGAAGAGGAGGCUUCAAAGUGGACCAAAGAGUUCCAGUGUGAAGGAGAUGAGUCCUCUCUCCUGGACUGUAGAAGCUCAGGCUCAAAUAGAAACAUCUGCUCACCUGGCAGAGCUGUUGAACUCACCUGCUCAGAGCCUGUCAGGUUGGUGGGAGGACAGAGUCGCUGUUCAGGAACACUGGAGGUGAAACAGGGAGAGUGGAAACCAGCGUUUUACAAUGACCUUGACUUGAUGAUAACAGAUAUUGUCUGCAAAGAGAUGGGCUGUGGCUCUGUGGUAUCUGUAGGAAGGAGAGAGGACUCCUCAGACAGAUCAACUUGGAAAAUCAGGUCUACCUGUGUUGAGUCUGGAUCUGCUCUGAGGGAGUGUGUAACAUCAUCUUCCUCUUCGUCCAGUUUGGGUGUCACCUGCUCUGACUCUGUCAGGCUGGUGGAUGGGACCAGUCUGUGCUCAGGCAGACUGGAGGUGAAGUCAGACCAGUCUAACCAGAGCUGGUCCUCAGUGUGUGAAGAUGACUUUGACCAGCAGGAUGCAGAGGUGGUCUGCAAGGAGCUUGGCUGUGGGGCUCCUUCAGUCCUCCAGGGGGCGCUCUAUGGAGACGUGGAGGCUCCAAAGUGGACCAAAGAGUUCCAGUGUGGAGGAGAUGAGUCCUCUCUCCUGGACUGUAGAAGCUCAGGCUCAGAUAGAAACACCUGCUCACCUGGCAGAUCUGUUACACUCACCUGCUCAGAGCCUGUCAGGUUGGUGGGAGGAGGCAGUCACUGUGCAGGAAUACUGGAGGUGAAACAGGGAGAGUGGAGACCAGUGGGUAACACUGACCCUGACUGGACCCUGACGAUAGCGGCUGCUGUCUGCAAAGAGUUAGACUGUGGCUCUGCACUUUCUAUAGGACAGAGAGAGGAGUCUUCAUUCAGAUCUGUGUGGUGGUUCGAUUCUGAAUGUUUUCCAUCUGAAGCUGCUCUGAGAGAGUGUGUAUCACCACAUUCAGCUCCUUUAAUCUUGAAUCUCACCUGCUCAGACUCUGCCAGGCUGGUGAAUGGGACCAGUCUGUGCUCAGGCAGACUGGAGGUGAAGUCUGACCAGUCCAACCAGAGCUGGUCCUCAGUGUGUGAAGAUUACUUUGACCAGCAGGAUGCAGAGGUGGUCUGCAGGGAGCUUGGCUGUGGGGCUCCUUUAGCCCUCCAGGGGGUGCUCUUUGGAGACGUGGAGGCUCCAAAGUGGACCAAAGAGUUCCAGUGUGGAGGAGAUGAGUCCUCUCUCCUGGACUGUAGAAGCUCAGGCUCAGAUAGAAACACCUGCUCACCUGGCAGAGCUGUUGAACUGACCUGCUCAGAGCCUGUCAGGUUGGUGGGAGGAGACAGUCGCUGUGCAGGAACACUGGAGGUGGAACAGGGAGAGUGGAGACCAGUGGGUGAAGACAACAUGAACCAUGACUCGACCCUGAAGAUAGCAGCUGAUGUCUGCAGAGCGAUGGGCUGUGGCUCUGUGGUUUCUGUAGGACAGAAGAAAGAUUCCUCGUUCAGAUCAAUUUGGAAAAUCAGCGAAGACUGCACUGAUUUUGGAUCUUUUCUGAGGGAGUGUGUAACACCAGAUUUUGGUUCCGUCACCUGGAACCUCACCUGCUCAGACAUGCUGCUUCAGCCCAACAUCUCUGCAUCCUCCUCAAUGGAUGGGGUCUCCGAGGCCCAGCAGCAGGGACUUAGGGUGUCCAUGGGUUCUGACUUCACUGUCAGCUGUUCCAUCCAGCCACAGUACCCAGGAGGCUCCUUCCAGCUCUCCUUCACCUCCUCCUACUCAGCACACAACUACACCCAGCCAGCUGUCAAUCACUCCGCCCACUUCCUGUUUCCUGCUGCAAAGCCUGUCCACCAAGGAAGCUACAGCUGUGUUUAUCACGUCCAUUUUGUUUCUCAUAACAUGUCCUCUGAGAGCCGUCAGCUCUCUGUCUCUGUCUUAGAUCCAAGACCUUUUAUCAUCAGAGUGACCGUCCUGCCACUGACUCUGCUGUUGGCCAACACCGCCCUUUACUUCUACUUCAAGACCAGCAGGGGGCAGAAACCUGGAAGGCAGGAGAACACAGAGCUUGAUUAUUAUAACCUGAGUGUUCGGGUUGCUGAAGGAGGGCCAACUGAAGAGGAAGGAGCUCAGGGAGCAGAGUAGCUCCUCAAAAUGGCUCACCUUUUUAAGUAAAGUGAAUCAAUCUUAUCCACUUAUACGGUGAGGAGUAGCCAGCCAGUUGGGAAAAACAACUGGUUGGGGGGUCCAGACAGAGUCUAGGUAAUUAAUGGGAAACCCUGAUCUGUAUUAGUUUUUUUUGUA